AUGCCCGCCAAGUCCAAGUACAACCUGGUGGAUGACCGGCACGACCUGCGCAUCCCCCUGCACAACGAGGACGCCUUCCAGCACGGCAUCUGCUUCGAGGCCAAGUACAUCGGGAGCCUGGAUGUGCCACGGCCAAACAGCCGCGUGGAGAUCGUGACGGCCAUGCGGCGCAUCAGGUAUGAGUUUAAAGCCAAGAAUAUCAAGAAGAAGAAAGUGAACCUUAUAGUGUCGGUGGAUGGUGUGAAGGUCAUUCUGAAGAAGAAGAAGAAGCUUCUUUUAUUGCAGAAAAGAGAAUGGGCCUGGGACGAGAACAAAAUGCUCGUCAUGCAUGAUCCCAUCUACAGGAUAUUCUAUGUAUCUCAUGACUCCCAGGACCUGAAGAUCUUCAGCUACAUUGCCAGGGAUGGCUCUAGCAAUGUCUUCAGAUGCAACGUCUUCAAGUCCAAGAAGAAGAGUCAGGCCAUGCGGAUCGUGCGCACAGUGGGGCAGGCAUUCGAGGUGUGCCACAAGCUGAGCCUGCAGCACACACAGCAGAACGCUGAUGGCCAGGAGGAUGCAGACAGUGAGAGGAAUGGAGAUGACCUGGAUGUCUCAGCCUGUCACCUCUCAGGUGUGGAGAGAGCGACUACCUCUGCCGAGGAGACUGACAUUGACGCCGUGGAGCUGCCACUGCCCGGGGCCGACAUCCUGGACUUCAGCCGCGGCGUCACCGACCUGGACGCUGUGGGCAAGGAGGUGGGUGCCACUGCGAGCCCAGCUCUCAGGGGCUGCCUCCACCCUGAAGAUAUCCUGACGGCGUCACCCAAGAUGCUGCUGCCCUCAUCUGCCCAGCUGCCCGACCUGGGAACACCCCUGUCUGCUCACCACCAGAUGCAGCUCCUCCAGCAGCUCUUGCAGCAGCAGCAGCAGCAGACACAAGUAGCCGUGGCACAGGUCCACCUGCUGAAGGACCAGCUGGCAGCAGAAGCAGCAGCACGGCUGGAGGCCCAGGCUCGUGUGCACCAGCUCCUGCUUCAGAACAAGGACUUGCUGCAGCACAUCUCACUCCUGGUCAAACAGGUGCAGGAGCUGGAGCUGAAGCUGGCGGGGAACACGACCACAGGCUCCCAGGACAGUCUGCUGGAGAUCACCUUCCGCUCCAACGUCCUGCCCGUCCUCUGCGACCCGACCACCCCGCAGCCUGAGGACACGCACCCGCCGCCGCUGGGCCCCAGCUCGGCGUUCCCCAGCGCCGUGGGCAGCCCCAUAGGUAGGAACGACUGUCUGGUGAAGCUGGAGUGCUACCGCUUCCUCCCCGAGUCGGGGCCGCCAGCCCCAGAGCCGGCCCUGGGCAGCCUGGAGCUGAUCAAGUUCCGCGAGUCGGGCAUCGCCUCCGAGUACGAGUCCAACACGGACGAGAGCGAGGAGCGCGACUCCUGGUCCCAGGAGGAGCCGCCGCGCCUGCUCCGCGUGCAGCCCAGGCAGGACCUGGGCGACAGCCUGGAGGAUGAGAUCGCGGUGUAG